UUGGACAAUUUCUAACUGGGAGGGUCUUCCCAGAGGCCAGCUCCCAGACAGGAAGGGGGUGGCUGGAAAUGUUUUAGUCAGAGCCUGGCAGAGAGUCUGUUUUUCUUGCUGUGAAGAGAAAAUCUUUAGUCACUGAAUCCAUGGGACAGAAAGAAGGAUCACAAACAGAAAGUGCCUUUGAGAAGAUAUCUCCGACCUGAAGUUGGUUCAUGUACAUUGCUGCCCCUCGCUUCUUUUUUAAGUUGCUGUCUCAUGCACCAACACAGGAUACCUCAGCUCAAGCCCUUGUCGCUGGUUUGCACACUUUCAGCACCUAAAAGAAUGAGAAUGAGCCAUAAAAUAGAGGAUAACAAGACGGAGGCUACUGACCAGCGCACAUACGACAGAGUAACAAUCCUGUGUUGAGAUCAUUGUUCAAUCUCUGUGGGCGUUCUCGGCUGUGGAGUAUGCACUGCAGUCUCUUGCUGUAAAAAACACAGUUGUUCUUGUUUCGAGGAUAAUUUUUCUUUGAUUGGCUAGUCAUCUGAUUGUUCUGCUCCUUCGGAUGGGGGAGUCAUCUGGUUGUUUUAACAGAGGAGAGGACUGUAUUCAGAGCUAAAAGCUGCGAUUAAGCUACAGCUUCUGGUGAAUUAGUCUUUCAACAAUAAGAGUGACUUUUAAAAGUUGCUUUAAAGUUAAAACUUUUGGACAUGGCGUUAAAUAUUUCUUCAGCGAGAGACACAAAAUGGCUAACUCUGGAAGUUUGUCGACAGUUUCAGCGAGGAAACUGUUCACGCACUGAUGAGGAAUGCAAAUUUGCUCAUCCGUCAAAGAGCUGCCAAAUUGAAAAUGGAAGAGUUAUUGCCUGCUUUGACUCAUUGAAGGGCAGAUGCUCAAGAGAAAACUGCAAGUACCUUCAUCCACCUUCACACUUAAAAACCCAGUUAGAGAUAAAUGGGCGCAACAACCUCAUCCAGCAGAAGACUGCAGCAGCUGUGUUUGCCCAGCAGAUGCAGCUCAUGAUCCCUGGACCCAGCCUGCAGCCUGUGCCAACAUUUACGCAGGGACUUGGCACAAACGCUGGUCUCGGUUAUGGUUCAUACAUGACACCAUUAAGCCAUGGAAUGAGCCUCAUUCCUUCAGACAUCCUCUCCAGCACUCCGGUUCUUGUUCCAGGGAGCUCACCUGUCUCAGUCCAGUGCUCCUCCUCUUCCUCCUCCUCUUCCUCUUCUUCUCCCUCACAGAAGCUUCAGCGUUCAGACAGACUAGAGGUGUGUCGUGAGUUUCAGCGAGGAAGCUGUGCAAGAGGGGAGACAGAUUGCCGCUUUGCUCAUCCCAGUGACAGCCCAAUGAUUGACACCAUGGAUAACACUGUCACUGUUUGCAUGGACUACAUCAAGAGUCGCUGUUCCAGGGAGAAGUGCAAGUAUUUUCACCCGCCUGCACACUUGCAGGCCAAAAUCAAAUCCAGUCAACAACAAGUCAAUCAGACGGCAGUGGCAGCACAGGCCGCAGCUGCAGCUGUGACUCAGUCGACUGCCAAAGCAAUGAAGCGACCCCUCGAGGCAACUGUAGACCUGGCCUUUCCCCAUAGUGUUCUGCAACCCCUACCAAAGAGACCAGUUCUUGAGAAGAGCAGCUGGGCCAGCGCUCUCCUCAGCCCCAGUUUGUUGCACUACCAGCAGGCUCUGGCCAGCUCACAGACUCUGCAGCAGCCCACUGCAGCAUUUUAUCCCACAGGUUCUGUGUUGUGCAUGACUACAGCUAACGGCAUUGUCCCCAUGAUGUACAGUGCUACGCCUGCUACUGUCUCUGCAGCAACUACUCCCGCCACAAGUGUCCCCUACGCAGCAACAGCACCAACCAAUCAGAUCAUCCUCAAGUAAUCGCCAGAAACAGAAGCCAGUGCUGUGUUGCUGCUGUUAAGGGUCCCGGGCAGCCGUUCUGUAAAUAUUCUGUUAACAAUACACACAAAAUACAAGAAGCUGCAUGCGGAUAACAUCUCCGACUUUAUCUGACAUUAAUUUGAUCUGUGAUGAUACAUUACAUGCAGUUAUAAUGAACCUCUACAUUAUACUGUGAUAGGUGUCAGAGAGAUUGUUAUUGUACACGCCUUUGCACCUGCUAACAUGCACCUUCAACAAUCAAUGUGCAUUAUUUAUUUGUUAUCUAAACUAAUUCUGAUAGGGUUAUGGGUGCAUUUAGCCACCAAUCAAACUUAAAUACAACAGAUGCUACAGAGAAAUAAACUGGCAGUAGUGGCAUAAUACUAAAUGAGACGGUAAACAACAGAGAUGUUUUAAAUAAUGUAAAUAUUUUAAUCAUUUCUCAGUCUGUAGACAGUACCUGUUAAUGUCAGGUGUAAAGGCGUCCUAUAUUGUAGAUUAUAUUGCAGUUUUAUCAUCAUCAUAUUCUUUAUUGAAUGUGUUAUUUAAACUGAGAAAGUUUUGUUUUUGAUGUUAAUGAUUGCUCAUCUAGUGCCAGAUUUAACGUUUAAUCAAAGAGAAAAGCACUUAAUUUAACUUUAAACUUAACAAAACAUUGUGUAUAUAAAAAAAAUGUAAUCUAACAGCAGGUUUAUGGAUGUCCCUUUAAAAUGCUCUGAGUCCCUCUAUACUUCACCCAGAGUAAUGGAUCAGUGCUCCACCUCCUGGUGUGCCUUUGCAUUACAUAUACAGAUUGUUUUCUGUCUUUUCUGAGAGAAAUGAAAUGUUUUAUCCGUUCAAAGCAAUUUUGUUUUUCUAAUUUAACACCUCUUUAGUAAAUGUGCAUUAUUGCUCAAGACAAUUGCUGACUCACUGAUGGAACUGUAAAUACUUUUCACUUGUUCAAGUUGAUAUAGCCUCCACAGCCAUGAAAGUCAGCUCAGUAAGAGUAUGAAAUUACUGCUGCUCAUAUUCAAACUAAAGCUCUUGUGAUCCUGUGAGGGUUGCGUGUUGAGUAGUGUCUCAACUGUUAGUCUUAAUGUUGCAGUCACUUGUCAGUACUGUAUUAAUUGAAGGUUACAAGUGCCUAAACAGUUGUGCAUGCAAUGACUAAGUAUAUUUUAAAAGGUUUGUGUGGAAAAACACUCAGUAAAUCUAUUCCACUUAAGACAUAUACAUUAGGAUUAAAUCUACAUGUUUUUGCAAUACCAUGUAAAUGCAGUGGUAUUGUGUGUGUGGACCUGUUAGUUAGGCUUACAGUUUGUUUUCACUGAUGCUUUAAUGUGUAUGUUAUUCAGUUUAAUUUUCAAUUUAAUUUGAUUUUCUUUCAUUUUUACGACAAGAAAGUAGCAAAAAGGGUCAAAUACUUUUUGUAGUAAAGUAGAAUUUAAGGAGGCAAACAUUUGGUGACAUGUAGUCAUGAGAGAUUGACGCGGCAUGAUGCAGUUACUCAUUGCUGUCUACUAUCUAGCAGCAGACAGGGUGGGCAUUGUGUCUGAUUAAGAGAAAUAUUGUUUCUUUCUUUUAUUAGAAUUUUAGUUAUCUCUUUUGCAAACAAGGUGUACAAAUAGAAACCUUUCCUUGAAUGUUUUGCAUUUCUUCACUUUUUCAUUAUAUAUUUUCCUUGUGAUGUUUUACAUGUCAAUAGAAUUUACGAGCAUAAUUGCAUAUUUUACUAGUGUAACGUUAGUUAAAAAUAGUUUUAACAUGUAUUCUUUUAUUUUGUGAUGAAUGCAAUUUAUUAAAAUUACUUUAGGUCUGCUGAGGGUUUCUCAAAGGACCUUGAUCUGUUAGCCUGUUAAAAGCAGUCUUGUGUCCAGGGAUUGAUGUUGGACAAAGGAGAAACUUAAAGCAAUUCAUCCUUUUUGCUGCCUUGUCACCUGUAAGGGACAACAAGCUUUUGUAUGACCAAGGCCAUAGGUUUGAUUUUUAUGUACAAAAGUGCAUCGUACAGGACAUGUUUUCCAAAAAAGAAAAGAAGUAAUUUUCAUAAUGGUGUAACAGUAGUUUGUCAUUUAUUGUCUGAUUUGUUGCUGAGGGCAAUCCCAAGUUGCAGUGAUGAAAACUGUAUUUUUGUAGGUGGUAGAUUAGCUGUAUCUCCUCACAGUAAUUAGAUUACAAACUUGGAUAUUUAACUUUAUUAUUAUAUAGUGAAACACUGUGGGUAAAACAGUGCAUAAAAGAGAACUUUUGAAAUGUUAGUUUCGUGUUUGUUAAGGCUUCCCUCUGCAUGUUGAGCACCAAACUUAAAAAUGUAUUUGGCUUUCAAAAUAUAAUUGCUUUAAAAGUUUAGACUGCUAUUAGACAUACAAUAUUUCCCCACUUAUUUAUUUUACUUUCAAAAUAAAGGCAUGUUUUUGAAUGUUUGUGUUACGUUAUGGCAAAACGUUUGAAUGUCAUGGAUCCACCUGCACACAGAGGUUGUUUGAGAUCUUGAUCGCCCAGUCAAAACGAUGUGAACAGUAAGAAUGUUUGGUCUGACUGACUGAUGGAAACACUUCUCUUAAGCACUUUUUCUACAGUCAGACAACUGAGAAGACAGGCUUUCUGUGAACUUUGCCUUACCUUUGGUGUAUUACUGAGUCUGUAUUUGUUCACUAAUUAUGAUUUCUUUGUCGUCUAAUAAAUAGAAUAAACUUCA